AAGAAAAAAAGCUACGAGCCAUUCGCUACCAAUGAAUCAGUUUCCUAUUUCAGUUCGGCGCAAGAAGUCAUAGUUAAUAUUUGGCAAAAAUGAUUAAAAUUCGCGUUGUCGCGUUUGUAAUUUUUACGCUUUGGUGUUGUGCAUUCCGUUCCGUUUGCUUCGCUGAUGAGCCGCGGAUAGUUGGCGGUGGUACGGUAAAAGAAAUGGAAAUUAAAUAUCAGGUAUCUGUACGAUCAAAAGCAAGCGAUCAGCGAGGCUUCGGUAGGGGUCACAUCUGUGGUGGAAGUUUAAUCACUGGCAACACUGUUUUGACCGCUGCCCAUUGCUUGGUGGACGACCGGGACAAUCCACGUGCUGCAAGCUUUUUCCGUGUGGUCGGUGGCAGCAUCUACCGUAACGUACAGACGGAAAACACAUUCGUCUCCGAUGUGAGAAAAAUCGUCGUCCACAGCAAAUACAAACCAAAGGGAUUUCUCAACGACAUCGGUGUGAUGAUACUAAUCAGUACGGUUGGAAGUAAUCAUCCGUCUCUGCAACCUAUUCCAACCUCUGUGCAAAUUCCUCCCGCUGGUACAAUAUGCCGUGCGAGUGGAUGGGGCAGUAUAUACUACGAUGGUCCCUCUAGUGACGUUUUGAAAGCGGUUAAUAUCUCUCUUAUAUCCACCGCAAGAUGUAACGAUGCCUCGAGUUACGGAGGUUCUAUCGUGCAAGGUAUGAUCUGUGCGGGGAAUAUGUCCGGCGGUGAAGACGCCUGUCAAGGUGACUCUGGUGGACCGCUGGUUUGUAACGGACUGCUCACCGGUGUUGUAUCGCAUGGUGUGGAUUGUGCACGUCCCGGUUAUCCUGGCGUGUACAGCGAUGUAGCAUACUUUCGUGAUUGGAUUAUAAAAAACCAUUCCAGUAUGAUUCAAAAUUCAUUUUUACUAACAGGUCUGUGUUUGUUUUAUAUUGCCACAAUGUACAUAGUUGAUUCAAGACGGUAAUUAAAGUGAUUUACAAUAAAAUUGCAGUUCAUUCAGGUGUUAA